CGAGACAGGGUUUCUCUGUGUAGCUUUGCGCCUUUUCCUGGAACUCACUUGGUAGCCCAGGCUGGCCUCGAACUCACAGAGAUCCGCCUGGCUCUGCCUCGCGAGUGCUGGGAUUAAAAGCGUGCGCCACCACCGCCCGGCUCUGGUCCCCUUUAUAACACACACCCUCUCCAACCCCAAAUGUUGUUGGCUUUACUUCCAAAAUAUUUCCAGAGUCUCCCUGGUACCCACACCAUGGUCCACCUGCCACUCCCACCCGGAUUAUGACAGAAGCUUCUCUGGGCGCUGACUCCCCCAAAUUUGUUCCCCAGAAUAAGUCUUAAGGACACACAUGUACCCACACACAGGAAGUAGGUAGCAUAGUCACCAGCAGAGUGACAUCCGUUCUGGCUUCCUCCCUUCUCUACUGUUCUCAGGACCUCUCAGGACCACAGUCCAGAUCCCUUCAGGCCUCAGCCCACCAUGACCCCUCCGGGCCGCCUCUUGUUCCUGCUUCUGCUCCCAGUGGCUGCAGGUCAGACGCCAGCAGGUUCCUGCUCAGGAUGUGGGCCUCUGUCCCUGCCGCUCCUGGCAGGCCUGGUGGCUGCAGAUGCGGUCUUGUCACUCAUAAUCGUUGGGGUGGUGUUUGUAUGCAUGCGCCCACACAGCAGGCCUGCCCAAGAAGACAGUAGAGUCUACAUCAACAUGCCUGGCCGAAGCUGACCUCUGCAACUUCUGACUCUCACGUUCUGGAUCACGUGGGGGUGCCUGGGAACACACUCCUUCUGGACUGGAAUAAAGUAAUUCAAAUGCC